AUUUUGUACCUAUCACAGAGCAAGUAAUAUAGAAUAUCUACUAUCUUCAACUUUAAUUUUCAAUUUUGCACUUUCUGACUUGCAACGCUGAAUACUGAAUAGUACAUAUUGAAAGAAAGGUUUAACUUGUGUUUACUUAUUGGAAAAACGUUCCUUACAUUGUACAACCAAAACGUCAUUCAUCGAGUUUUAACAUUUUCAAACAAAGACUGAAGUUUAAAUAUGGUUUGUCAAGGGCCUGAACCUCCAGAUAACUCACCACAAAACUUAACACCGCCCCCUAGGCACGAGUUAAUUACAAAUGGCCACCAAGAUGAUAGUGAUGAUGAACAAAAUGAUCAUUUUGGAUAUGAACCUCUACCACAGGGGCCAGAAGCUAUAAUAAAUGACCAUGACAGCGAUGAAGCCGAUAGUGAUGUAGAAACAUCACAGUGUCCUGCAGCGGAUGUACCUCCAAUAGAACCAAUGGAAAAUGUAUUAGCAAGGGAGGUAUGGAGUUCACCUCGAUCUACAGACACUAUUCAGAUGGAUAAUGAAAGAGCCCAGCAGGUUAUGUCAGCCAUGGCUAAUUUUGCUUUGCCACAAGCAUCAAUUCCAGAAUGGGCACAGAGUAUAUCAGAAGAACAGUGGAAGCAAACUUUGAAUGAUAGGAUUGAAAAAUUAAGGGGCAACAGAUAAAUUAUUUAU